GGGUUUGUGCCAAUCAGCAGGCGAGGACAGGCCUCCUGCAGUUGUCGCGCUGAAAGCGGAUCCGUGAGGAGUUUGUACCGACCCUGUGUCGUCGUGUUGGCAAAGAUGGUAGAUGGCGUACUGAGUUCCCUGGAGGACUGUUUGGAGGAUCACCUCCACCCAGAGCAGUUCCGGCAACUCCAGAGGAUCCUGUACGGCAAAGACCUCAGAAAGUUGGAUUUGCUGAAAUCUGCUGUGGAAGCAUCCCUGGAAAAGGAUUUUCAGUUGAAGGCUUUUGGGUUUGAGGCCUCUCCCGAGCAGCUCCGUCAGCCUCGAGUAGUCCGAGUGGGACUUAUCCAGAACAAGAUUCUCCUGCCUACUGAUUCCCCUGUGUCUGAGCAGGUUGCAGCAAUUCAGAAACGAAUUGGAGACAUUGUGGAAGUGGCUGCCAUGUGUGGUGUGAAUAUCAUAUGUCUCCAGGAAGCCUGGACUAUGCCCUUUGCCUUCUGCACCAGAGAAAAGUUGCCAUGGACAGAAUUUGCUGAACCUGCUGAAGAUGGUCCAACGACCCGAUUUUGUCAAGAGCUUGCAAGAAGGUAUAACGUGGUUAUAGUGUCCCCAAUAUUGGAACGAGAUGAGGUUCAUGGAGAGACUCUGUGGAACACUGCGGUAGUGAUUUCUAACUCCGGCAACAUCCUUGGCAAGAGCAGAAAGAACCACAUUCCCAGGGUUGGGGAUUUUAAUGAGUCUACAUACUACAUGGAGGGUAACACAGGACACAGAGUGUUUCAGACUCAGUUUGGACGGAUUGCUGUUAAUAUCUGCUUUGGUCGGCACCACCCUUUGAACUGGUUAAUGUACAGCAUUAAUGGAGCUGAAAUUAUCUUCAACCCCUGUGCUACUGUCGGGGAGCUGAGUGAACCCAUGUGGCCCAUUGAAGCCAGGAAUGCAGCCAUUGCCAACCACUGUUUCACCUGUGCCAUCAACCGAGUAGGGACGGAGUCUUUCAAGAAUGCAUUUACAUCAGGCGAUGGACAAAAGGCCCAUCAUGAAUUUGGCCAUUUCUAUGGUUCCAGUUAUGUAGCUGCUCCUGAUGGAAGUCGAACCCCUGGGCUGUCUCGCACCAGGGAUGGGCUGCUGGUCGCUGAGUUUGAUCUGAACCUGUGUCGACAGAUGAGUGAUAAAUGGGCCUUCAGGAUGACGGGGAGGUUUGAGUCGUAUGCUGAAGAACUUGCUGAUGCAGUGCAGCCUGACUUUCAGCCCAACAUAAUCGUGGAGUGAUGAUGUUACUGGCAGAGGGAGCAUGGAGGCUAUGCCAGAGAUUAGCAGUGUUUGAUCAGGAGAUAUAUCAAUUCAUUCAGUCAUGUUCUCUUUAAUUCCCCCUUCCUUUUGGCCAACGACAUUAUUGUUAUGAUUUUACACCAGAUAUUUCCUUGAGUUCAGAGUCACCAUCAGCCCAGUACACAGAUCUCAUUGCUAACACUGUAUGAACAGGCUAGCCAUUCAAAACCAGCUCAGCUACUCUGUGGGUGAGUUCAAGCUUCCUAACACAGGGUACCUGAUCUGCUCACUACAAACCAGGAACUGGCACAUGAUAUCCAAUCUCACAUUGUGCAUUCAAUAUCAGAAACUGACACAUGGGCCUGGAUUUUUACUGAAUCAGGAUGACUUGGGAGCCCUUUAAAAAUGACAACAGGUUUGGAUUCUGGGAUUCCCAAUCCCAUUCCCGGGCUACAUGAUUUUCGUGAGUGCGUUUAAAAAUGCAGACUAGUUCCUGUCAAAAACCCGCAACUGGCACUCCCAACCUGCUGGCUCCAUUGUAGAAUAGAUAUGCCCUACUCCUCUGCAAUUUUCGUGGUGUCAGGUCAGGUUUUUAAAAGAGUCAUGGUUCAUGGUAACUCAGAAGAGAUGUGAACCCUAGUCUGCAAGAGGGGACUAUUCAAAAGGUGAGUUCAAAAUGUCCUUCUCAUACCCCCAUGACAAGCUAUGCCCCUCCGCCCACCCCCUAUGGUUGCUCGUGCCCUCUAUGCCAAGCUAUGACAUUUCCAUGCCAUUAACCCACUAUACACGUAUAGAAUUAAGGAACACUACAACGACAAUAGUAUGUGUAAAAAAAUCUUUUUUUAAAAAGUAAUUCAUUCAUAGCUUUCCAUUGUGUUAAAAAAGGUCAUUUCACUACAAGGCAAUACAAGUGUCAAUCAUCCAGACCCUUUAAAAUGUCAAUAACAGACACUGCAGGCCCUUGAAACCACUUAACCUUGUGUAAAUAAACAUUGUGAAAUUGACAGCAGAGAUCAGUGAGCCUGAACUGUCAAUCAAGCAAUAUUUUCCCUGGGGUGCAGCUGUUUCAACAAGAGGAAUGGAUGUCUGGGUUCUCUGCCAAGCCUCAUUAUUUGUACUUGGUAUGAGGUGGCAUGGAUGCAGCAUGGGGGUGUGUGGAGGUGUGAGGCUGGAGGGCCUUUGUGUUUUUAUUAUAACUGGGCCAACACUACAACACCAAGGUGGGCCUUUUAAACAGCCCGUCUCUGCACCCAGCAGCCCCUGAGGCUGCUUCUGAUCUUUCUCGAGGGUCGGCUAGCCUGACUGUAGCCAGCACCACCACUCCCCCAACCCGAAAAUGAAGAUCCUGCCUUUGCGGGCACUUUCUCCUGAGGCAAACGGGCCAAGCUGGGAAUAUUCCCGACUCCCACUACUCGCCUCAAGGAUGAAAAUUCAGGCCAUGAUGUCCAGUCUCAUGUUGUGUUUGCAACAUCAAAAACUGACACGCUGUCCAGUAUCAUUCUGUCACUGGAAACCUCAAGAAAUCAGAAAGGGCUCCAGCCAAUCAAUGACCUUUCUCUUUUUAAAGAUCUGAGCUGCCAAUCAAAGCCACCCUCCAAGCUCAAACCUGUGUCAUGAUAGCAGUUCACCACCUCUGCAACUUUACUGAAACAAAAGGCAGUUAACCAUUGCAUCUCAUAGUAGGACUUGUUCGGCCAAGAGAUGUUAGUGCUGAAUGUGAUGACUCUGGAUCAAUUAGAUGAUUCAUAGCUCCGGCACAACAUUGCAUUUGCCCAGAAAGUUGACCUUGUGGAGCUCAUCUGACUGGACAUUGCUCAGUUGGAGAAUUCUUUGUGAUGCUUGGGUGUUAUCCCCUUACAUGUCAAUUCUGAGAAUACAAAUUACAAGUUAAAAAUUCAGCACAGUCAGCACAUUUUUAUCUCAGAAAUCCAUCCCAGUUGUUUUGAGGUGUCAAUUAGAUUGUUAGAUUUCAGGUUAGCCAAGUGGCUGAUAGGCAAAAAUGAAAUCACCAAGUUUAAUUGUGUCAAAUCCAAACACAUUUAACUGCAGCCAUCAGUCAAGAUUCUGUACCAACUCGCCUGGGACACAACCUUCAGCCAGAGAACUUACUUUUAGUUUGAGAUAGAGCCAAGGCUUGGGAACCCUUGCAUCUGUUCAGGGAUAUUGGAAUUUAACCAGUUAAAAUCCCAAAGCGCUCAAGAUCAAAACACUGGUAAAUACCCUACCUGUCCAUGAGCGUUGUAGGAAGAGAAGUGGAAUCAUCCAGCCCGUGGGAGAGUUCAGGGCGAGUGAUUCAAAGCUGGGCAGAAAUCAUAGGUUUUUAAAACACAUUGAAGGGCUGGCAAGGGGUUGGAGUGAGGGACAGUCUCACAGGGGAGGGGAGCAGAAUUUAGAUAGCAUGGAGGAAAGGAAAGCAAGAAAUAACAGGAUAUAGGGUGUGGACAACAGUUUCAGCAGAGUGGUUAAGGUAGGGAUGUAGGCAGGGAAUGUUGCCAAGGUGGAACUAAGUACUGUCAGUGAUGGAAUAAAACUGGAGUAUAAAUCAUAUCUUUGGAUCAAAGAGGACAUCAAGGUUCCCAUUUGUUCUGGAAUGUAAUUUACUUUAUUUAGGGUCAUUACUCUGGGUUCAAACUUAAGUAGGUUAUGUCAAACCCAGUGUGAAAUUUUGCCAUUAUGAUCACUCUUCCCCAGGUGAUCCAUUACAGAAUACAAGGUCUAAAAUUGACUCUUCCCUGGUUGGUUCUACAACAUAUUGUUCUAGGAAACUAUCUCAAAUGUAUUCCAUUCAUUUGUCUUCCAAGCUACCUUUCCCAAUUUGAUUUGGUCAGUCUGUAUGAUGAUUAAUUUGAUUUGGUCAGUCUGUAUGAUGAUUAAAGUCUCCCACAAUUAUUGCA